AUGAGUUGGAGCUGGAGGAAUCUCUUAAAGAUUAGACCUUUUUUGCGAGAUUUUUUUUAUUCUCGGAUUGGAAAUGGAGAGAAGACUUUCAUGUGGUUUGAUAAUUGGCAUCAAUUGGGACCUUUGAGUUAUGUUCUUUCUCAUAGGGAAAUCACUAAUGCUGGAUAUAACAUAAGGGACAAAGUGAGUGAUGUUAUUGUUGAUGAAAAUUGGAGCUGGCCUGCAGAAUGGAUCGAAAUGAUCCCUCGGUUGAGUAAUUUCCCUGUGCCAAGGAUCAUCAGAGAGAAAAAAGAUGAAGUGUAUUGGGUGAACUACAAAGGUAAUAUUGUUCCUUUUGCGGUUAAUCAGGUAUCUUCUUCUAUUACACGCCAUGAGCCAAUUGUUGACUGGUAUGAUCUGGUUUGGUUUCAAAAUAGAAUACCAAGUCAUUGCUUCAUUCUUUGGCUUGCUAUUCUUGGAAGACUUAGAACACAAGAUAGAAUGAAAAGAUGGAAAAAUUCUAUUGAGUUCAAUUGUGUGUUUUGCAAUGCUCAAUUGGAUUCUCAUUCUCAUUUAUUUUUUGAUUGUAAAUUCUCCAAAGAUGUAUGGAAGCUGAUGAAAAAUAAGGUGAAAAUAAAGCAUAAUCCUGGCAAUUGGUUUGAAAUUAUUAAUGAACUUCAAUAUUUGCUAAAAAAGAAAAAUAUCAGUAACUUCAUUAAAAAGAUAGCUUUGGCGGCUUCUGUUUAUCACAUAUGGAAUGAAAGGAAUAAAAGGUUGUUUGGGAAACAGAGCAAUUCAGUGGAUAAUGUGGUCAAAGUUAUCACAGAAGACAUUCGAUUGAAGAUGUUUAGCCUUAAAUUGGGUUAUCUUGGGCUUAAUGAAGAAAUUUGCAAGCAGUGGAAUGUUACAGUUAAAAGUGAUGAUUAUAUCCAUGAAAGAAGAAAUUAA